AUGAAACUCUAUCUAUCACGUAUUGAGCAUAGCUUAUCAUUCAAGCUGGCGAUCGAGAAUCAAGAAACUACUAUCAAGCCUAAAAACAGGAGAAUAAUGGGAGCUGGAGGACCUGAUGAUGAGGACAACAGGUGGCCGCCAUGGCUUAAACCUUUGUUGAGAGAGAGGUUCUUUGUUCAAUGCAAGCCGCACGCUGAUUCACACAAGAGUGAAUGCAAUAUGUAUUGUUUGGAUUGUAUGAAUGGUGCUCUGUGCUCUCUCUGCCUUGCCCACCACAAGGAUCACCGCUAUAUUCAGAUAAGGAGGUCCUCAUACCAUGAUGUCAUAAGGGUGUCUGAAAUACAGAAGGUGCUAGACAUCUCUGGUGUCCAAACUUAUGUUAUCAACAGUGCCAGAGUUGUGUUUUUGAAUGAGAGGCCUCAGCCUAGGCCUGGAAAAGGUGUUACCAACACCUGUGAGGUCUGUGAGCGCAGCCUCCUCGAUUCCUUCCGCUUCUGCUCUCUUGGAUGCAAGAUUGUUGGGACGUCAAAGAACUUCCAGAAGAGAAAGAAGCAACAAAUGGCAAUGGCAUCGGAUUCGGAGGACUCUUAUAGCAGCAGCAGCAGUCACGGGCGAUACAUGAAGAAGAACAGCAUCAACAAUGAGAACAAAGUGCAGAGCUUCUCUCCCUCUACACCACCUCCAACUCCAGCUAGUUUCCGGACGGCCAAGCGAAGAAAGGGAACCCCCACCGAGCCCCAAUGGGAGGACUAA